CAGGUGGAAAAAGGAGAAGAGAGCUUCGGGGUUUGGGGAACUAAAGAGGUUGUUGAACAAUGAAAGGUGAUAUAAGCCAGAGGCUGCUUAAAGAAGCAGAAAAGAUUGAAGUUGAAGAAGCAACACUAAAAGAAAAGAUAUGGAUGGAGUUAAAGAAGACGUUUGUUGUUGCAGCUCCUGCAACAUUCACCAGGUUUUCCACCUUUGGUAUCGCUGUCAUCAGUCAAGCUUUUAUUGGUCAUAUCGGACCUGUUGAGCUUGCUGCUUAUUCCCUCUGUUUCACUUGCCUUUUGAGGUUCGGCAAUGGUGUUUUGUUGGGCAUGGCAAGUGCAUUGGAAACUCUAUGUGGUCAAGCAUUUGGAGCUAAACAAUACCAUAUGCUGGGGAUAUACCUUCAAAGAUCAUGGAUAGUUUUGUUUAUGAGUGCAUGUUGUCUUCUCCCAUUAUACAUCUUCACCACCCCACUUUUUAUAGCUUUAGGCCAAGAAGAAAAGAUAGCCCAAGUGUGUGGUUACAUUAGCCAUUGGUUCAUCUUUAUAGUCUUCUCUUUUAUCAUCUCCUUCACUUGCCAAAUGUUCCUGCAAGCUCAAAGCAAGAACAUGAUUAUUGCAUAUUUGGCCGCCUUCUCCAUUGGAAUCCAUAUCUUUCUUUCAUGGCUUUUGACUAUGAAGCUCGAGUUUGGGCUGGCAGGAGCUUUGUUUUCCACUGUUUUGGCCUAUUGGUUACCCAAUGUAGGUCAGAUUUUGUUUGUUACUUGUGGAGGGUGCAAAGAUACUUGGAAGGGUUUCUCAAUGUUGGCUUUUAAGGAUCUUUGCCCUAUGGUCAAGCUCUCUAUAUCCUCUGGUGUUAUGCUUUGUCUCGAACUCUGGUACAACACGAUAUUGGUUCUUCUAACUGGAAACUUGAAAAAUGCUGAGGUGGCCAUUGAUGCUCUUGCCAUUUGCCUCAACAUUAAUGGAUGGGAAAUGAUGAUAUCACUUGGUUUUUUGGCUGCUGCAAGUGUUAGGGUCUCAAAUGAGCUUGGAAGAGGAAAUGCCAAAGGUGCCAAGUUUUCGAUUAUCAUGACAACUCUUACAUCACUUUGUAUCGGAUUCGUGCUGUUCCUGGUAUUCUUAUGCCUUAGAGGACGUUUAGCAUACAUUUUCACCAGCAGCGAAGAAGUGGCCGAAGCCGUUGCCGAUUUAUCUCCGUUGUUGGCUUCUUCCAUACUUGUGAACAGUGUUCAACCUGUGCUCUCUGGGGUUGCGGUGGGAGCUGGAUGGCAGCGCGUAGUGGCAUGGGUUAACAUUGCCUCGUAUUAUCUAGUUGGCAUUCCAAUUGGUGUUGUGCUUGGAUACGUUUGGAAUAUGCAUGUCAAGGGUGUUUGGAUUGGCAUGUUGCUAGGAACAUUGCUUCAAACAAUUGUACUGGUUGUGAUCACUUGGAGAACUGACUGGGAUAAACAGGUCACCCUAGCUCGCACUCGACUUAAUAGAUGGUUUGUACCUGAAUCAGAAGACAACCAAAAUGUGGCUGCCUGAUUUCAAAUGCAUUUCUUUAAAAUUUUGGGGAUUCUUUGGCCUCAACUUUGCAAUAUACCAAAUGAAGUUACAUCUUGUAUGUGACUGCAAUAAUGUGUUGUGGAUGAAUAUUUGUAACAAAAUUUGAUGCGUUGUAAUUUCUGUUGCAUUUUAAUUUAGUAAUAUUAUAUUUGAUUA